AUGCCUGAAAGUUCCCCUCAGCUCGAAAGUCGACGCUAUUCAUUCAUGAAUUACUCGCUCGCUCCUUUGAAAAUACUUUUCAUUGCCGCCGACGCGUUCUGGAUGCUGUCUGCAGCCACACCACCUAAUGCUCCGCUACCACCGGAGAAACAAGUCAUCCCUGAUUGGAGGGAACGAUACCUUAAAUCUCUUGCCUUGCCUAGCAGGAUUUUCAGGACCCUUUACUGGACUUCCUGGUCUCUCGAGGUGGUGGUCAUCCUCGCGAGCGCCCAACCAAACUCUUCCUUUGCUACGUGGAUUCUUUCCCACCUCCUACGUAACCCGCAUAAUGCGUCGAAGAUCGGAUUCACCUGGUGGUUCGUCCUUGGACAUGUCCUUGUGUGGUGUGGGGGCGCAUUCCGCCUUCAGUGCUAUCGCACCCUUGGCCGACAUUUCACCUUCGAACUCGCCAUCCACCCAGAUCACGUUCUAAUCGAUUACGGUCCAUACUCGAUUGUUCGGCACCCAAGCUACACCGGGUUGAUUGUACUUCUUUUUGGUUCCAUCCUGAAUCAUGUUGAGGGCUCUUGGGUGAGGGAGAGCGGUGUUUUGGAGACUCCGGUGGGACGUCUUCUGGCGUUUGGGUGGAUGGCUAUCCUUGUGGCUGUCAUUCUGAGCCUCAUUUUUAGAGUGCCGAACGAGGAUAGGCUUUUGCGCGCGAAGUUUGGGCCGGAGUGGAGACUGUGGGCAAAACGAGUUCCUUACAGGUUGCUCCCUUUCAUAUACUGA